UGUUAGAAAUUGACUAACCGGUAACGCAGGAGCUGUGAGAUUAGGUAAUCCAUGUGUUAUCAGGUGAUACCUCUUAGUUCGCGUUACCAGUCUUACCAUGAAGCUUCCGCUGUUAUAUUUCUUCGUUGUCUCAGCAUUCGCGAGGAGUGAAGAUUGUGACUUCUUGUGUUCGGAGGAAUGGAGUCCAGUAUGUGGCACUGAUACUGUAACAUACGCCAGUGAAUGUUGGUUGGCACUAGCAGACUGCAAGAUUGAUGAUGACAUAGCUUUGGACCACAUGGGCGAGUGCCAGCCAGCAUUACGGAAGAGUCGACCGAAGUGCCAAGAGUCAGUUAGGCAAGAAAAUUGUGAUCUCCACUAUUACAACCCUGUUUGCGAACGCUCUGGCGUCACUUACAGAUCCAUGUGCCAUCUUUGUCAAUCCAUGUAUAAAGAUCAGCAGACAAAGAAUAUCAUGUACAUCAUUGAACACCUGGGACCGUGUACUGCUUCGGCUGAGUGAGUGUAACCUGGUAAAUAACAGCAAGUUAAGAGACCUACACAUUGCUAACAUAGUGGCUACGAUGACCAAGAAAUCUAAUCUUCAUCAAAGCCAAAUUUUCUAAAUAUUUGAGAGAUACAUGAUUUUUAUUAUCUUAUUAUACAUUAAAUGAUAUUAUGAUAUAAUGAUCACAAAUUUGCAUUGUUGACUAAAAACAUAUCAAGAUAAGUUGUACUACAUAUAAAUAAGAAAUCUUGUUAUUGGUAAAUCAUCGUAUGGCACUGCAUAUUUCAAAGGAAUCCACAUCUCAACGGAAAAUAUUUAAACCUGAAUUCAAAUAAAGUACGCAUUAUUUAAAACUUUUAAA